AUGGCGAAAGUGAUAGUGCACAUAUACGACGUCACCAAUAAUCAGUCGCAGAGGCUGAACAGCACUGUUCUUCACAUCAACAGAAUCUUCAAAGAUGGCAUUGGUCUUGGUGGUAUAUUCCACAGCGCCGUUCAGGUUUAUGGAGAUGAAGAAUGGUCAUUUGGAUUCUGUGAGGCAGGAACUGGGGUUUUUAGUAAUCCUUCGGGAAAGAACACUAUGUAUACAUAUAGAAAAUCCGUUGUUAUGGGGAAAACAAACUUUAGCGUUUUCAAGGUAAAUCGAAUAUUGAGAGAACUCUGUAGAGAGUGGCCUGGUAAUUCGUAUGAACUCUUAUCCAAAAACUGCAACCACUUUUGUGAUGAAUUCUGUGUAAGGCUUGGCGUCCCCAAACUUCCAGGUUGGGUUAACAGGUUUGCUAACGCUGGUGAUGUUGUUAUGGUAAUGGCUGGGAAUACAGCAUCAAAGUUUCGGCAAGCCAAAACAGAGAUUGUAUCAGCAAGCAAAGGAGCAUACAGGUUCCUCUUAGGUGUUAAAACUUGUGUGGAUUCCCCUAGUAAUUCCAAUAGAGAAGGAUCUCCUAGAGUUCAAGCUGCUUGGUUGAAAAGUCUUAUUUCUAAUAGUGUCAAAUCAUCCAGUGGUUCAGAAACUAAGAAUCAGGGUGUGGUUGAGCCUCAACAACAAAGGCGAAACACAAUAUGACAAGCCAAUGCUCUACCACAAAGUUGGGAUCUUCAGUCUUCACUGCCAAAGGCAUAGCUCUGCUAUGCGUAUUUUAUGUUUAAU